AUGCGUUCCGCUACUCUUCUCGCUCUUUUGCCCUUUGCGCUGGCCGCUCCUUCAUCCUCAGUCUCUCGACGAGCUGAGCCUGCUCCCGUCAUCCGACCUCGCGGAGUCAAGCUUGUCGAUGGCAAGUACAUCGUCAAGAUGAAGAGCGGCGUUCAAGCUGCUUCUGUUGACAACACUGUUUCGACUCUCCAGGCUAAUGCCGAUUACACCUACACCAAGAGCUUCCGCGGUUUUGCGGGUAGUCUCAAGGAUGACGAGAUUGAGAAGCUCAAGCACGACCCUAAUGUCGAGUACAUUGAGCAGGAUGCCGUCAUCACCAUCAAGGCUACCGAGGAGCAGGACAAUGCUCCUUGGGGUAUCGCUCGCCUUUCCAGCUCCCGACCUGGUAGCAAGACUUACACCUACGACGAGAGCGCCGGUGAGGGUACUUGCGCUUAUGUCAUCGACACCGGUAUCGAUGUUGAGCACCCUGACUUCGAUGGCCGCGCCACCUUCCUGAAGAACUUUGCUGGUGGCCGCGACGGCGAUGGCCAAGGUCACGGCACCCACGUCGCUGGAACUAUUGGCUCCACCACCUACGGUGUCGCCAAGAAGACCAGCCUCUACGCCGUGAAGGUCCUUGGCGACGACGGUUCUGGCACCAACUCCGCUGUCAUCGCUGGUAUGGACUACGUCGCUGGCCACGCCGACUCCAAGAACUGCCCCAAGGGCGCUGUCGUCAACAUGUCUCUCGGUGGUGAGCGCUCCGGAGCCGUCAACAACGCUGCCAAGAGCAUCGUCGAUGCUGGUCUCUUCCUCGCUGUUGCAGCCGGUAACGAAGCUGUCGACGCCGCCAACUCAUCCCCCGCCUCCGAAGAGAGCGCCUGCACCGUCGGUUCAACCACCCGCAACGACACCCUCUCCUACUUCUCCAACUUCGGCGAGGUCGUCGAUGUUCUUGCUCCCGGCAGUGAUAUCCUGAGCACCUGGCCCGGUGGCCAGACCAACACCAUUUCCGGAACUUCCAUGGCCUCACCCCACGUUGCUGGUCUGGCUGCUUACUUCAUGGGAUUGGGAAAGAAGGCCGAGGGUCUUUGCGAGUACAUCGCAUCCGAGGCUCUUGACGGAGUUGUUGCAAGCGUCCCUCGCGACACUGUUAACAAGCUUAUCAACAAUGGUGUAAGCAGCAACUAG